UGGAUGAGGAAUUGAGAUAGGUGCAGUCCACAAAAAGAUGGCGAGGCGAAUGGGCUUUGAUACCACCUUUCACUUUCACUACAUGUCCGUACUGUGAGAGCGACCAUGGUCCCACGGACCAGUGAUGCCACAUGCUCCUGUCACCAUCAUUUUCCAUGCGACGGCCACGAUCCGCCGCACGGCUCAAUCGACGGCUCAUAUUUUUCUCCUUUCCAUUUGCUAGAGAGAGAGAACGGGGACAGUGACUGAACCUUAUUGCAUAGUAUCUAGCAUUUUAGAUACUCCCAUCUCUUUCUCUCUCGGCACCACUGCUACCAGGUCGAACUCGGUCGGGCGGGAUAUAAAAACAGAGCAAGUCUGCAACACUCUUUCGGUUUUCUCUCUCUCGGAGAAAGUUGCCAGAUAGCGAUUGACCAUCAAAAGUUAUCGACUUUCUAGCUCCUACUUAGUCUAGCUGCAUGACCCAGAACCAGAAUAUGGAAAAAGAGGGGAUUUUCCCAUUUUAUUGCUUCAGUCUUGAUGAUUAGUUUAGGAGGGAUUUGUGCGCUUCUUUAUGAGGUUUUGGAUUUGUUUUAGUGGGUUUGCUGUGAAUUUGGUGGUGGUGGGUGAAGUGGAAUGUGAGCGAAGAAUUGAGAUGGGGAGGAGUAGAAUUGGGAGCGUGAGAACGUUGGAGCCCAGGAAGAUUGAAUUUUUAGGAGCUGAAAUAUUGAGGGUCGGAAGUGAGGGUUUUGUUUGAGCAGUUUAAGGGAUGAGUAGAAGGAUUGUAGGUUUUAUUCUAACUAGAGAUUGUUCGACUAUUUUUCAAUGAGUGAAGUCUCAGAUAAAACUAUGAAGCUUUCAACAUCAGGGGUGGGUCAUCAUGGUCAUGAAGUGUAUGAGGAGAAGAAGUGCUUGAACUCGGAGCUAUGGCAUGCCUGUGCUGGUCCGCUGGUGUCCCUGCCAAUGGUAGGCAGCCGCGUGGUUUACUUCCCUCAGGGUCACAGCGAGCAGGUUGCUGCGGCGACUAAUAAAGAAGUUGAUGCCCAUUUCCCCAACUACCCGAGCUUGCCCCCUCAAUUGAUUUGUCAACUCCAUAAUGUUACAAUGCAUGCAGACAUUGAAACAGAUGAAGUAUAUGCCCAGAUGACAUUGCAGCCCUUGACUCUGCAAGAACAGAAAGAUGCAUACCUUCCUGUGGAGCUGGGAAUGCCCAGCAGACAACCAACUAAUUACUUCUGCAAGACUCUGACUGCAAGUGAUACUAGUACACACGGAGGCUUCUCUGUUCCUCGUCGUGCUGCAGAGAAAGUUUUUCCACCUCUGGAUUUCUCACAAACGCCACCUGCACAAGAACUUAUUGCCAGGGAUCUCCAUGAUGCGGAAUGGAAGUUUAGGCAUAUUUUUCGGGGUCAACCGAAGCGUCAUUUACUGACUACUGGCUGGAGUGUCUUUGUCAGCGCCAAACGUCUUGUUGCUGGAGACUCUGUUCUUUUUAUAUGGAAUGAUAAAAAUCAGCUUCUUCUGGGUAUCCGUCGUGCCACUAGACCCCAGACUGUGAUGCCAUCUUCCGUCCUCUCAAGUGACAGUAUGCACAUUGGACUGCUUGCUGCUGCUGCCCAUGCUGCUGCUACUGAUAGCUGUUUCACUGUAUUCUACAACCCGAGGGCCAGUCCGUCAGAGUUUGUAAUUCCUUUAUCGAAGUAUGUCCAAGCCGUAUAUCACACACGCGUCUCUGUUGGAAUGCGUUUUCGGAUGCUGUUUGAAACUGAGGAAUCUAGUGUCCGCAGAUACAUGGGCACGAUUACUGGCAUUGGUGAUUUAGAUCCUGUUCGUUGGUCGAACUCUCACUGGCGCUCUGUUAAGGUUGGUUGGGAUGAAUCAACAGCAGGUGAUAAGCAGCCAAGGGUAUCAUUAUGGGAAAUCGAGCCUUUGACAACGUUUCCCAUGUACCCCUCAUUAUUUCCUCUAAGGCUGAAACGGCCAUGGUACCCCGGGGCAUCCUCUUCCCAAGUUGCUGGUAAUGAAGCUAUCAAUGGCAUGGCGUGGUUAAGAGGUGAAGUUGGUUCACAAGGAUUCAACUCUUUGGAUUUUCAGUCAGUUGGAAUGAUUCCUUUGAUGCAGCAAAGAUUUGAUCCAAUUGGCUCGAGGAACGAUCUGACUGAGCAGUAUCAGGCAAUGAUGGCAGGAGGGCUGCAAAACUUCGGAAGCGGGGAGUUGCUCAAAAAUCAAUUAAUGCAAUUCCAGCAGCCUAUUCAUUACCUUUCAAGUACAGGCAGCCAUAAUCCCGUCGCACAGCUGCAGCAUGGGCCCCAGUCAUUGGUUUCUCCUCAUAUGCAUCCUACUCAGUCUCAAAUGCUACCUGAUAAUCUGCAGAGACCGCUUGAACAGCAAAUUGACAAUCAAGCUGAAAAACGUGAGCAAGAACAUACUUACCGGGAAGCAUACUUCUCCCAACACGAUCAGCUCCAACAAAGGCCAAUGUUCGAUAUUCCAUCGUCUUCAAUUUCAAAAUCAGAUUUUACAACUUCAAACGAUAAAUUUUCAGCAUCCGUGGCUCAUUCUACCAUGCAAAAUAUGCUCAGUUCGAUUUGUCCCGAAGGCGGUGGUAAUUUUCUAAGUUUCUUAAGACUUGGUGAGCCGAUAAUCAAUGAGCAGUCGCCGCAACAAUCCUGGAAAUUUACUCAGUCACCAGCCAAUGGUUGUUCCAGUUCGAAAACUUGUGCACCGUUUUCUGGAAAGGAUGCUUCUGUUCAGCUGGAAAGUUGUAGCUUGGAUGUGCAAACUCAUGCUCUUUUUGGUGCUAAUAUUGAUUCUUCUGCAUCCGUUGUUGGUACUGUUCAUUCUGAUGUUCAGUCAGGACCGUCGGGGUGCCAGAGUCCUCUAUAUGGAUGCGUUCAAGAUUCUUUUGAUGUGUUGCAAAGUACUGGAGAACUCGACCGACCUAAUGCCCAUGCUUUUGUCAAGGUCUACAAAACAGGAGCUGUGGGUAGGACACUGGACAUCACCCAGUUCAACAGUUAUCAAGAGCUGAGACAGGAACUGGGUCAGAUGUUCGGGGUUGAAGGGUUGCUUGAAGACCCUCAAAGAUCAGGCUGGCAGCUUGUAUUCGUUGACAGGGAGAACGACGUGCUUCUCCUUGGAGACGAUCCAUGGGAGGCGUUUGUUAAUAACGUGUGGUAUAUAAAGAUGCUUUCUCCCGAAGACGUGUUGAAGCUGGGAAAGCAAGAGGCAGAGUCCUCAAGCAGAAGUACAAACGACACGAUGAGCACUGCUGAUGAGGCUCAAAACUGCGUUGGACUCCCAUCUCUAGGAUGGCUUGACUCAGCUCCAACUGUUUCUACAAAUACCUCGAAUCUCUUCGUUUAUGGACAAUUUUUAAGAAUUUGUUCCUUCAGUCGUGCAAUUGGAUUUGGGGAUACAACUGAAGGUAACAGUUUACUUUGGUUUUCCCAUUUGGCAUUGUUGAAGCUGUCUUUUACUGCUAAUUAUUGAAGCAUUUUCCUAUUGUUUGAUGGGAUUCAGGAUAUGAUAUAAUCUAGGACUAGAGAUUAUGCUGACUUCCGACAUAGGUUGUGUAAUGUUGGAAGCAUAGCACCAUGUCUUUCAUCUGUUGUAUGCAUCAUUACCCUACUUUUUGCUCAUUUCUCAUUCAAUCUCCUUGUUAUUGUUCAA